AUGGCUGUUUGUAGAUUGUUAAAAUAAAUGCUAUAUUGUUUUUAUUUGCGCAGAAUUGUUUUGUACGUGAAAAUGUGUUUUAUUACUAUUUUAUCGUUCAUUUACAGUAUUGAGUGAUAUAAAUAACCAAUGACAAAAUAGUUUAGAGUGUACAAUUUUGAGUGAUUGUGAUCACAAUGCCGGGUCUUAUUGGUAUUGGCGAAUUUAUUGAGGAAACUCGAGACGACUACAGUUCACCGACAACUUCUACAUUCGUGUCGCGUAUGCCACAAUGCCGGCAGACCAUCAGCGCUUUGGAAGAGACGUUGGAUUUCGACCGAGAUGGCCUCACGAAACUGAAGAAAGCUAUAAAGGCGAUACACAAUUCUGGAAAUGCACACGUGGACAAUGAGAUGUACCUGGCGCGAGCCUUGGAGAGGCUCGGAGGAAACGCUCUCAACAAAGAUUCAGAGCCAGACAUCGCAGCAGCAUUCCUCAAGUUUGCUGUCGUUACCAAAGAGUUAUCAGCGCUUAUGAAAACACUGAUGCAAAAUAUAAACAACAUAGUGAUGUUUCCUGUGGAUAGUCUAUUAAAAGGCGAUUUACGAGGAGUGAAAGGCGACCUGAAGAGGCCAUUUGACAAAGCAUCCAAAGAUUAUGAGUCCAAGUACCUGAAAAUUGAGAAAGAGAAGAAAUCACAAGCGAAAGAAGCUGGUCUUAUCCGGAGUGAGGUGACUCCUGCUGAGAUUGCCGAUGAGAUGGAGAAAGAAAGACGGUUAUUCCAGCUGCAGAUGUGUGAGUACCUGAUUAAAUUCAAUGAAAUCAAGACGAAGAAGGGGAUCGAACUGUUACAACACCUUGUAGAAUAUUAUCACGCGCAGACGAAUUACUUCCAAGAUGGACUUAAGACAAUUGAACAUUUCGGUGUAUAUGUUGCGGAUUUGAGUGUACAGUUACAGAAGAUCAGACAACAGCAGGACGACGAGAGGAGGAAGUUACUUGAGCUACGGAAUAUGUUAAGGGCAGCAGCGCCACAGGAUAGAGAGGUAGCUUCAUCGGUAGGCGGUUACUCCCUUCACCAACUACAAGGUGACAAACAACACGGUGUUUCACGUAGUGGAUAUUUGCUCAAAAAGUCUGAAGGGAAAGUUCGGAGGGUAUGGCAAAAGCGACGAUGCAGAGUCACUGCCGAAGGAUUUCUAGACAUAUUCCAUGCAGAUGAGAAUAAACCACCUGCGAGGGUCAAUCUUUUGACGUGCCAGAUUAAAGUAGCCUCAGAAGAUAAAAGGGCGUUUGAUCUAGUCUCAUAUAAUCGUACCUAUCACUUUCAAGCGGAUGACGAAAACGAACAACGUGCUUGGACGUCCGUUUUGAUAAACUGCAAAGAUGGUGCUCUUAUGAGGGCGUUUCAUCAGCAAGCUGGUGAGAGUAACGACUCGGGACAUUCACUUCUCGACCUGCAGCGGUCGAUCAUAAGAGCCGUGAGAGCCAUGCCCGGGAACCAAGUUUGUGCUGACUGCGGUUCUACAAAUGAUCCCACAUGGCUAUCAACAAAUUUCGGUAUAAUAGUGUGCAUAGAAUGUUCGGGAAGCCAUCGCGAGUUGGGCGUUCACAUAUCGCGGAUUCAGUCGCUCACCCUCGACCGACUCUCCACAUCCCAGCUGUUGAUAGCGCGGCAUAUGGGCAACCAGAUGUUCAACGAAGUUAUGGAGAACACACUCGAUGAACGGGAGAAACUGACGCCAGAUAGUACGAUGGAGGAGCGUCUCCGGUUUAUUCGUGAGAAGUAUGUAUACAGAGCGUGGGCGACGCAGACGUGCUGUGACGAGGCCGAACGUCUUUCCGAAGUGGAACACGCAGUCAACAAUGGGCAUCUACAGAAUUUGUUGCAAGCAUAUGCUGAAGGCGCCGAUUUAGCUGCACCACUUCCGUGCUCCGAUUGCGGAGAAACAGCCCUCCACUUGGCAAUAUCCCGUGAGCUUGGCGACGGCUCUAGUCUCCACAUAGUCGAUUUUCUAGUCCAAAACGGCGGUUCACAACUGCUCGAUAAAACGAUGUCGUCAGGCAUGACGGCGUUGCAUUUGUGUACAGCUACCGAUAGAACUGAACCAUUGAAACUGUUGCUCAAAGCUGGCGCCGACUGGACAAUAAAGGACGGCAGUGGUCGGACCGCGUUGCAGAUAGCCAAGCAAAUGGGGCACCAUGCGUGUCAGGAAUUGUUGGAAAGUGUCGAUAAAAGAGAGAAAAGUAUAUUCGAGAACAUAAAUGUAGACUGGAAUUUGUCCCAUGAUGAUGGAUCAACGGAUUUUUCUGACGAUGACACUGUUAUAGAUGAAAGACAAAAUGGCAGCGUCACACCUGAAAAGAAAUGCCCGCGGUCUAGACCACCGUCGUAUGCGGGCGGCGCCGUCAUCGGUGCGGCCGUCGAACGACCAGACCGACCGGAUCGACCCGAGCGUCCCGAACGACCGGAACGACCGGAACGCGCCGACCGACCAGAUCGACCAGAUCGCGGCGGCGACUCGCCGGUACUUCGCUCGCGGUCAUCCACAUGUGACUCGUUACACCACGCUCCGCCUACGCCAACCACAUUACCAAGAAAGCCCAAUGUUUAUAACAUCGGUAGUCUGAAGAAACGGGCAGCGCCGUUACCUCCAGCAGUGGCCCUAGCGCAUCCCAGCGUACAUCCGAAUGUGCAUCCAACGUCGCAUCAGACCACACAUCCGUCUUCACAUCCGCGCUCUACGCCUUCACCCUCCGCCGAUAGUGCGAGGUCGCUGCACGUGUCGGGCGGCAUAGUAAAGCACCGUCCACAGCAACCGCCGCCAACGCCGCCUCCGACGGGCGCCGUAGUAACCCCGGGGCCGGCCGCUGCUUUACAUAACGGAGCAUUACACAGGGACGAGCCCACGCCGCCGCCCAGAAAGAAGAAAAAUAGAUUGCACCUGGAAAAAGCUGUGAAAACGAAACUGAGAAGGGAGUGUUCUAGUCAAGAUUCGUCGCUGGAGUUGUGCGACAUGUCGGACUCUUGUUUGGACGACAGCCGACUGCAGUUGUCGGAUGGAUCGCGGUCGCGCGAGAGAUCGCGCCGUAGCGAUAGUCGGUCUCUUGACGUGUCCGAUACAUCCAGUGUUCACUCUCGGUCGCCAUCAGCUUCUAUUACAAUGAUGGGCGGUCUAAGACGAUGUCGAGCACUUUAUGAUUGCUCAGCCGACAACGAGGACGAGCUAUCAUUCCGCGAAGGCGAAGUCAUUGUAGUCAUCAACGACCGCACAGAGGACGACAACUGGAUGGAGGGCCAGGUUGAAGGUACCGGUCGUCGUGGGAUGUUCCCAGUAUCGUUUGUACAUAUGCUACCAGACUAGGACGAAGUAAUAACGUUAUUAUAACCACGACAGCAAGGAAGCUAGGUCAGUAACCAGUGUUCAAAAACCAUUAGGUAUUCUCUAUAACAAUCAUUCGUUAUGUAUAGUGGUCGCACCUCUGCUAGUAGCGGUACCAGCUGACUAUUGUUGAUUGUAGAGAUUGUAUCAAGUUUAUCAAUGAGGAGUUUUAAUGUUAGAAGUAAGUCGACCUGACUGUAAUUAAUAACUCUUGUCACAUUUUCUAUUUCAUUAUUUUCUACUAUGUUUAACAAUCACUCAAAAAAUACUUUUGAAAUAUUUUAAUAAUGAUAUUUAAUAUAUAUUUCAAUAAUAUCUGUAAAAUUUCAUAGUUGCAUAAAUGAUUGAAUAUUCAGUAUUUUAUAUUGUAUGCGUUUUUCACGCUAUCCUUUAACGUUAAUUUGGCCUAAAUUUAUCUGCUUUUGUUCAGGAGGCUAUGAGCUUAUUUAUUCUAGUAUUUUGUACACAUCAUUUACUGUUAAAAAUGAUUCUGUUUACACGCACUUCGAUCAUACAGCUGUUUUUCGAUUAGUCAUUAAUCAUAAGACUAUUUAGGGUUAUCGUUGUGAGCUCACGUGCAUGAUUGAACUAAGUGUAUCAUAUCGAGGAGAUAAUAUGCAAUGUGAUGUGAUAAGACAACACCACAAAUAACUCAUGUUUAUCUGUUUUUAUACAGAAUAUUUAAUACUCAUACAUUUUAAAGGAUCCUCUUUUGUAUUUAAUUAUAUUGAGAUAUUUAAAAAAUCUAAAUUAAUAUAAAUUGCCUUUUAAUAAAAGCAUAGAUCAAUAUUAGUAUACAAGUAAUGACUCUGCUUAUUGCAAUAUUGAUUUUUUUGUGAUAAAUAACUCGUUCAUACGGAGAGUUUUAAUUGUGUAUGAGAGAUUUAAAGAGAUUUUGGCUGAAAAUAUACGAUUGUAUAGUAAUGUAAUGAGUUUAUAAAUAUUAGCUAAUGUGUUCAAAAUCGCUUAUCCUUUUCUGAAAUUUCACAAGAUACGUAACGGUAUUACUGCAGUAUUUGCAUGUUUUUUAAAGGAUUAAUCGUAAAUAAAAUUAUUUCUUAUCAAUCAGUCACGAUUGGUGAUUGGAAACAGUGUAGAGUACAUGUUGGCAGUAGCAAAUUUAUUUCUGUUGGUUAUUUAAACUAACAGAAAUUACUAUAUUAUAAAUAUUAUAGUAGUUUUAAUAACCAACAGAACUAUUUUCAAUUUAAUUAAAAGAUCGGUUACAUUCUUGAACUAUGUCAAAAAUAUGAUUAAAUUGAAUAUAGUAGGUGCGUCUGUCUACUGAUAAGAGUUGUAUAUUAUUCUAUUGCUGGAUUUCAGAUUGACGUAAUGUUCUUUAUACUAUAUAUGAAAGAUUAUACAAAAACUCUAUAACAAUAAAUAAGUCGAGUAAUUAAGUUAACUAAUAACUAUCUCCGUGUAAACGAGGUUUUAUAAUGAGCAAUUUUAGCAGUAGUAAUACUGAAAAAUAACACCAAUAUAUACAACAUACGCCAGUAGCGAGUCCGUCCUGAAGCGGAUAUUUACUUGAAUUGUGAACUAUUUAAAUUUGCCUCUAUAUUUUUCUUUUAUAAAAUGUAUCUUUUGUGCGAACGUGAAUGUGUUCUUUAUAUUAAUCGUUUAAAAAUAUGGUCAUAGAAAUAUAAUUAUAAAUCCUUAGAUAUUAUGUAUCUAUUUGCUAUUUAAUAAAUGUUAUUAAGGUAUAUGUAUUAUGUUACUGUUGCAGAUAGUAUUCAAAUUAAGUCAAAACAGAAAUAACACUGGCUAAUUUUUUUACAGGACAACGAAAUGUAUUAUCUAUAUUAUUAUUAAUAAUACAACAUUAUUAUUUAUUAUAAAACUACUGAGAUGUGUCCGUAAAUAUUAAAAAAAUGUAUUAAAUUAAUAUAAAUAAUCUAGUUGUAAUUUUCUGUAUAGAAGGAUUGUUGUAUAGAGCCAUUGUUAUAUUGUAAUUGUAGAGUCAUAUUAAUAUAUAUCAGACAUACUAUAAGCAUGACUGUAAAAUCUCUACAAAUAAUGCGACAUAUAAUUGCAAUGUAACCUAGGUACGUCUAUGUGAUAUUUUUACAUCGAUAUACCGAGGUAGACUUUUACAGUCUUCUCCGCGGACACCUCUGUUAUGCCAAUUUCAACUGUAAAUGAGUUCGUUUUUAAGCUGUAUUUCGAUUGAAGGGUAAGACAGUGAA